ACAAGAACAUUUUUAUGAACGCCAAGACUAUGGAAAACCAAACUUUGAAUAUAAAGAUACACAUAAGAAUGAUGAGAGCGAUAAACUUCAAAUUUUGUGGCAUUGGAUUUUACGGAUGGCUGAAGCUAUCGAUGAGGGCAAAAAAAAAUUAGCAGAUGAAUUAUUUACCGCCCUCUCUUUUUCGAAUCCAAUAAUGUACGAAAUUUUCAUGUAUGCACCAGAAAUAACACCAGCAGAAUUUUCUAAUAUAUAUGCAUAUUACAAUUUUGGAGCAUUUCGUCUUCAGAAAAUUCUACAACAAAAUGUGUACAAGACUGAAUGA